AUGCGUCCAGCUGUCACUGUAAAUCACAACAUUCUCAACAACCUAUCACAAGCAAGGAUCAUCAACCAAGCAGCAAUUGCUGGAGGAACAUCCAUGGGAAUACCAAAUCUCAUGGCUGUGCGUAUGUCCAACAUGAUAUCAAGUGGAAGGGCAUCCACAAUUCUGGUUGCCCAAAUCUUAAUCUCAUUUGGGCAAUCAGUGAUUCCAUCAAUGACAAUGUCAACUACAUCAACUGUACCUGGUUCUUUUGCUUCGGCAGCUAAUGUUGGUCUCACCCAACAAUCAACUGGUGCAUUACAAUCAGCACAGUCAAAAUAUGUCAAAGUCUGGGAGGGGUACCGGAGUGCAUCGGCUUCUGAAUCCAAAUUGGCCACCAACAAUGCAAAUAGUGCGACUUACAUGUCAAGAUCACAUGAACAAAAAGAAGUUUUUAAUUACAAAAUAGUUGCAUGUCCUGAUAGACAUAGAAAAUUUGAAAAUGAACUUGCCUCUACAAUGGAUGUUGCUCUUGGGAUUUUGAUUGCAUGUUUUAAUAUUCCAGAAUUAAAAGAACAGCUAAGGAUCAUAAUCAAACCCACGCCUUGUGUUGGUGUAGGGCCUUUAUGUAAUGCACAACAGUUAAAGUUGAUGGAAGAAAGGAAUAUGAAGCCACUUGAUUUAAAUCUUGCAGCAUUAUCAGCAAGAGACUUGGAGUUGAAUUUGGCUAAGUCAUUAUUGAGUGAGAUGGGCCAAUAUACAACUGUUUAUCCAUAUAAUCAGCUGUUUGGAGCAUUAGUUUUAAAGAAUUAUGAAGGCAAGAUGCAACUUUACUUAGUUGGAAUUUGA